UCCUUCUCUCCUAAGUUUCAUAGAUUCCAUUUCCACCAUAUAUAGUUUCCGGCUUCCUUUCACUUUACUAACCAAAGCUUUCAGCUUUUUAAACAGAGGUUUUUCUACCAUUUGAGAUCAGAUUAUUGGGUGUUCUUUCAUUUGAGACUGGAAAAUUCACAGACGACUACGGAUAGCGGCUAAAUUGUUUUGUGUUCUGCUUCGAUUGAUUCGAACCAUGAGUAGUCUCAAGUUAGGGGUGGAGGUGGUGAGCGCCUAUGACCUGUUAGCCAAAGAUGGGCAGGGUUCAUCCAAUCCCUAUGUGGAGCUUGAGUUCGAUGGCCAGCGAUUUCGCACCACUACUAAAGAGAAAGAUCUCAGUCCGGUUUGGAACGAGAGUUUCUAUUUCAACGUCUCUGAUCCGAACAAGUUGUCUAGUCUCCCACUUGAAGCUUAUGUUUACAGCUAUAACAAAGCAAACAAUGCUAAAACCUGUCUUGGGAAGGUUCGCCUCACCUCAACAUCAUUUGUGCAGUAUACCGAUGCUGUUGUUUUGCACUACCCUCUUGAAAAACGGACUGUUUUCUCUCGUGCUAAAGGAGAGCUUGGUUUGAAAGUGUUUGUUACUGAUGACCCUUCGAUCAAAUCCUCGACUCCUCUUCCAGCCACGGAGGAAGCAGUCCCAAAUUCAUUUCCCAAAGAGAAAAAUGGUAAAAGACAUACAUUUAAUCAUCUUCCAAAUGCAAAGCAGUCGGAACAGCAGCAAAAGUUUACUACAAUGCCUCCGCAACAACAGAUGAAUUAUGGAGUACAUGAGAUGAGAUCUGGACCGCCACCAUCAAGAGCCGUUCACAUGUUCUCGGGUUCAUCAUCACAACCACUUGAUUUUGCUCUUAAAGAGACAAGUCCAUUUCUCGGAGGAGGACGAAUUGUUGGAGGCCGAGUCAUACGAGGAGACAGACCAACUAGCACCUAUGACCUUGUUGAACAGAUGAGAUUCCUUUUUGUGCGAGUGGUGAAAGCCCGAGAUCUUCCUUCAAAGGAUGUGACUGGAAGCCUUGAUCCGUAUGUCGAAGUGAAAGUUGGAAACUACAAAGGAAUCACAAAGCAUUAUGAGAAGAAACAAAAUCCAGAAUGGAAUCAGGUGUUUGCCUUUUCAAGGGACACGCUGCAGUCAUUUGUGCUAGAAGUUGUUGUCAAGGAUAAGGAUUUAGUGAAAGAUGACUCUGUCGGGUUUGUGCGAUUUGAUCUCAAUGAGGUUCCCACGAGAGUUCCACCGGACAGUCCAUUGGCUCCGGAAUGGUAUCGGUUGGAAGACAAGAAAGGAGAGAAAAAGAAAGGAGAACUGAUGCUUGCAGUUUGGUAUGGCACACAGGCUGAUGAGGCUUUUCCAGAUGCGUGGCAUUCGGAUGCUAUUGCUCCCGGUGAUAACACUUCGGUUUCCCCAACAUACAUCCGUUCAAAAGUUUAUCACUCUCCGAGACUAUGGUAUGUCCGUGUCAAUGUUAUUGAGGCUCAAGACCUUGUUCCAGCUGACAAUAACAGGUUUCCUGAUGCAUAUGUUAAGGUUCAAAUUGGUAACCAGAUCUUAAAGACAAAACCUGUUCAAAACCGAAUUAUGAAUCCGAUCUGGAAUGAGGAGUUUAUGCUUGUUGCUGCGGAACCCUUUGAAGAUCAUCUGAUUUUUUCAGUUGAAGAUCGUGUGGGUCCUAAUAAGGAUGACGCCAUUGGAAAGGUUGUUAUAUCAUUGAACUCCGUUGAUAGGCGUGCUGAUGAUCGAACUAUUCGUUCCCGAUGGUACAAUCUGGAGAGGUCUUUUUCAGAUGCUAUGGAUGGCGAUCGUGCAAAGAAGGAUAAGGAUAAAUUUCGUAGUAGGCUCCAUGUUUAUGUUUGCCUUGAUGGAGGAUACCAUGUUCUUGAUGAGUCAACUCAGUAUAGCAGUGAUCUCCGGCCAACAGCAAAGCAGCUCUGGAAACCAUCAAUUGGUAUUUUAGAACUCGGAAUUUUGAAUGCCGAUGGGCUUCAACCAAUGAAAACGAGAGAAGGAAAAGGUACGUGUGAUACAUAUUGUGUUGCAAAAUACGGCCACAAAUGGGUUAGAACUCGAACCAUAGUCAACAGCCUGAAUCCAAAAUAUAAUGAGCAGUACACAUGGGAAGUUUAUGAUCCAGCCACUGUUCUCACUGUGGGAGUCUUUGAUAACUCUCAGAUUGGAGGUUCUGAUAAUAACAGAGAUAAUAAAAUUGGAAAGGUGCGGAUUCGCUUAUCUACACUCGAAACUGGUCGUGUUUACACCCACACUUACCCGCUGCUGGUUCUUCACCCUUCUGGUGUCAAGAAACUUGGUGAAUUACAUUUGGCAAUACGAUUUUCAUCGACAUCAAUGGUUAAUAUGAUGCUCCAAUACUCGCGACCCCUUCUGCCAAAGAUGCAUUACAAAAGGCCAUUGAAUGUGAUGCAGCAGGACAUACUGCGACACCAAGCCGUUAAUAUUGUGGCAGCUCGACUUGGUCGGGCCGAACCUCCUCUUAGGAGAGAAGUAGUUGAAUAUAUGUCUGAUGCAAAUGCUCACCUUUGGAGCAUGAGGCGCAGCAAGGCAAACUUUUUGCGACUGACGUCGGUUUGCUCGGGAUUAUUUGCAGCUGGAAAAUGGUUUGGUGAAGUUUGCAUGUGGAAGAAUCCUAUUACAACAGUGCUGGUGCAUGUGCUAUUUGCAAUGCUUGUUUGUUUCCCGGAGCUGAUUCUACCCACAGUUUUCUUAUACAUGUUCCUCGUAGGUGUAUGGAAUUAUCGUUAUCGGCCGAGGUACCCUCCUCACAUGAACACAAGUCUGUCUUGUGCCAAUGCAGUUUCUACUGAUGAACUGGACGAAGAAUUUGAGUCCUUUCCUGCAACGAAAAGCUCAGAUAUAGUUCGGAUGAGGUAUGAUCGUUUAAGGAGUGUUGCAGGGAGGAUUCAGACUGUUGUAGGUGACAUAGCUAGCCAGGGUGAGCGGCUUCAGUCAUUACUGAGUUGGCGGGAUCCUCGUGCCACAACUAUAUCUGUUAUAUUAUGUCUUGUGGCAGCCAUUGUUUUGUAUGUCACACCAUUUCAGGUGAUUGCUCUUCUUUCUGGGUUUUACAUUAUGAGGCAUCCCAGGUUCCGCCACAAGACACCUCCACCACCGAUCAAUUUCUUCCGUCGUCUGCCUGCAAGGACUGAUAGUAUGUUGUAGGUCAUGAGGUGUUCCGGGAACUGUCGGUUUAGAUUCUGGUUGUAAAGCGGUCAUUUUUUGUUGUAAACUUGUCA